UUUAUAUGUCGUCGUGCAUGCAUGCACGCACGCACUCACUCGACCCCAUUUCUUCGGCGUGAUCCAGUCGCCCCGCGAGUGAUUCGGCGCUGCGCUUGGCCGCGAUCGAGGCGCCAGGGUUUCGAUUAGAUAGGCAUUGCGGUUUUCCAGGGCCAGGGCGCCGCCAUUGCGCUGCGUGGUAGAUCAUACAACCCUGGGACUCGUUUGGUGCUAGGGCUCGAGUGAUCCAUCGCAGGGACGAGGUGCUGGCUAUGGCGUCGAGCGGCGGCGGCGGCGGCAUCGCGCAGCUUGCAAAGUGAGGAUCGCGACACUCUGUUUGGGUUUACGUGGACUUGGUCGUGACUAUGGACGAGAAACUAGUAUAGUACAGUACUAGGAAUGGGGCUCUCAUGAAGAACAGAACACACAGGGACAGGGAGAAUAGGAGAUAGAACGAAGAUGGGGGCCUCUUAGUUUUGGACAGAGGAGGGGCUGGGCAGUUUUCUCUGCGGUGGACGGUGCUGCAAUGGAGCCCACACGGCACAAAGCGUGCAUGAAUGUCAGAUGUGAGGCGAUCGAGAGCGCAGCAUGGAAGCGAGGAUGGCGGCUCCGCUCCGGCGACCGAGCUGAUUUAUGCACAGACUGUGGUUCGGCGUUUGAGCUGUCACGCUUUUGCGAAAAGUUUCAUGCGUAUGAUCCCGGGUGGAGAAGUUGCAUUGCGUGCGGAAAGGGUCUGCAUUGUGGAUGUAUAGCUUCCAUUCAUCUUUUUGUGCUUUUGGAUACGGGAGGCGUUUCCUGCCGAGGUUGUGUCGAUCUUAGAGAGUCUCGCAACGUGCAAGGCAUUUUGGGGGGAUUCUCCUACGAUAGUGACUUAGGAAAGGAGCAGGAAGAAAACCUUAUUCUCAAGCCAAAGUCUGAAGUAGAUUUCGAGCAGAAAAUGGCGGGGACCGGUAGCGAAGACGAAAAGGUUAGAGGUGUCGCAGAGGGAUUGUCGGCAAAACGGGAAGUGGAUACUUACAUGGAAGAGAUGGAAAAGCUAGCGGUUACAAGGGAAUCACCUGGAACUCAAACCGAGGUGGCGAGCCUGAAUACAUCUUUAGGCUUGGGGAUGGGGAUAAAAGUUGAUGACACAGCAGCUGGUAAUCUUUUCCAAACGGAAAGUCCAGCUUCAGGUGGCGAAACCAAGGAAAAUCCUUCGAAGUAUUCACCGAUUCCAUAUCGACCACGACAUCGGCAGGUUGGGAAGCAACCAGUUCCACCGCGUGUUCCGCUCUCAGGGGCUGCACCUGAACCAACUAACGACCCGAGAGUUGCACGUCCUCCUGCUGAUAGUAAAGGCAGGAACCAGCUUUUGCCUCGCUACUGGCCUCGGAUUACAGACCAGGAAAUUCAACAGUUCACUUCUGGAGACUCUAAAAUUACACCCCUGUUCGAGAAAGUACUCAGUGCCAGUGACGCUGGACGUAUUGGACGAUUGGUUCUUCCAAAAGCAUGUGCGGAGGCGUAUUUUCCCACGAUUUCACAAGCUGAAGGCCUUCCGCUAAGAAUUAAUGACAUCAAUGGGAGGGAGUGGCAAUUCCAGUUCCGUUUCUGGCCAAAUAACAACAGUCGCAUGUAUGUACUAGAAGGUGUUACACCAUGUAUACAGGCUAUGCAUCUCCAAGCCGGUGACACAGUCACUUUCAGCCGUCUAGAACCAGAAGGAAAACUUAUAAUGGGAUAUAGGAAGGCACAGCCUCUUCAGGAUUCUGGGGACGGUGAGUACCCCGGUGCUAAACAGACAGAUUACAAAUCAAAAGCCAAGGAAACUCAAUCAACUCUUUCAGCGGAUAAAAGAAGGGGUCGGCCUCUAGGAGCAAAGAGCAAGCGACUUCGUCUAGAUAGUGAAGACUCAUUGGAGUUGAAGACAAGCUGGGAAGAAGCUCAGGAGUUGUUAAGACCGCCUCCCGGGGUCACGCCCAGCUUCGUCACUAUCGACGGCCAUCAAUUUGAAGAGUACGAGGAGCCUCCUGUUCUUACGAAGAAAACGGUGACGAGGACCAAACCUUCGGGGGAGCAAGACCGCUGGGUGCAAUGCGAUGAUUGUGCAAAGUUUAGGCGGGUUCCUCUUGACAUAUUUAUACACACAAGAUGGACUUGUACCGACAACGUCUGGGACUUGAAAAGAGCAAACUGUAGUGCCGCGAAGGAGCUCAGCAACGAAGACAUGGACCAGCUCAUGGACAGUAUGUCAGGUAAACCAGGGAAAGCGGCCAGCUCGCCAUCGGGAUUGGAUGCCUUGGCAACUGCUGCGGCAUUUGGCGACGAGAAGGCAGCAUCUCCUCCGCCACCAGCUGCGACAACAAAGCAUCCCCGCCACCGUCCGGGUUGUACAUGCAUCGUCUGCAUCCAGCCUCCCAGCGGCAAGGGUCCCAAGCACAAGCCGACGUGCGUGUGCAACGUCUGCCUGACCGUGAAGCGGAGGUUCAAGACGCUGAUGAUGAGGCGGAAGAAGCGGCAGUCGGAGCGCGAGGCGGAGACGGCGCGGAAGAAGAAGGCGUGGGACAAGGACGACGGGGUGGCCGCGGCGGCGUCCCCGGCAGAAGCCAAGUGGCUCAAAGGCAACAACAACAACAACAACGUCACCACCACGCCGGAGAGGGGCCAGCAGCGCUACAACACGAGAGAGGCAUCGGCACCGCCAAAGGCGAGCCCGGCAUUGCCAGCGGAGAGCCCGAGCCCGAGUCCCAGCCCGAUCAACCCGAUCAACCCGUUUGUGACGGAGCGAGGUAAGACGUUUCCAUUCCCAGAGCUGCUGGGAGCGUUUGCGUCACCGCCAGUUCCAGGGGGAGGAGUAGGAGGAGGAGGUGGUGGUGCUACUGCUGUGGCGGAUGAGAACUUGGCGGGGAAAGGAGGGAUUGAUCUCAACAGCCAGCCGGAGCGGGACGAGGCGGCACAGCAGAGCAGGCUGAGUAUGAUGAGGCUGCUGCAGGACGCGAGCUUGCCGCUGGAUAUGUAUCUCAAGCAGCAAGGGAUGGCCAACCUUGCUCCAGGAUUUGGUGGUGGUGGAAAUGGUGGUGGGAGUGGUGGUGGUGGUGGUGGUGAGCAGGUGAGUGAUGCAAAGCAGCAAAUUCAGCAAGCAGCAGCAGAACCCUCCUCUGUGCAAGAUGGUUAAAAGAAAACAGCAGAGCAGGUUGGAGAGAUUAUUUAUCUGUGUUCAACAUGGUUGGGUGGUGGUUUUUUUUUAUCUUAUUUUUUUGAUACUGUAACAGGAAGCAAUAGAGGAAGAAAGACAUGUUUCUUUGUUUAAUAAUUGGUGAUCAAAGUUGAUAAUUGUGGCUUC